CUCCGCGCUCGGCCUCUCGUCCCGGCUGCCUCCCCCCGCGCCGCAGCGCCGGAUCCCGGAGUCCAACAUGGCGGGAGGUUCGCGGGGCUAGUUGGGUCUUCCGCAGCGCCGGGACUGGAGCGAAAGCGGAGCCGGGUCCGUCCUCGCGGCGCCCCCUCUUCUCAGCCCUAGCCCACCCCCGCCGCCAGCAUGAGCAACAUCUACAUCCAGGAGCCUCCGACCAACGGCAAGGUUUUACUGAAAACGACAGCUGGAGAUAUUGACAUAGAGCUAUGGUCAAAAGAAGCACCAAAAGCAUGCCGAAAUUUCGUCCAGCUUUGUAUGGAAGGUUAUUAUGACAACACAAUAUUUCACAGAGUUGUGCCUGAUUUUAUAGUGCAAGGGGGAGAUCCCACUGGUACUGGGUCAGGUGGAGAGUCAAUCUACGGGCUCCCCUUCAAGGAUGAAUUCCACUCACGAUUGCGUUUUAAUCGAAGAGGACUGGUUGCUAUGGCAAAUGCUGGAGCUCAUGAUAAUGGCAGUCAGUUUUUCUUUACACUGGGCCGUGCAGAUGAACUUAACAACAAGCACACCAUUUUUGGAAAGAUCACUGGGGAUACCAUAUACAAUAUGUUACGACUGACUGAAGUAGAAAUUGACAAAGAAGAAAGACCACUCAAUCCACACAAAAUAAAAAGUAGUGAGGUUUUGUUUAAUCCUUUUGAUGACAUCAUUCCAAGAACAAAUAAAAAGCUGAAAAAGGACAAACCAGGGGAAGAAGUAAAAAAGUCAAAAUCCAAAGGCACAAAAAAUUUUAAUUUGCUUUCAUUUGGAGAGGAAGCUGAAGAGGAGGAAGUGGAAGUCAACAGAGUUAGUCAGAGCAUGAAGGGAAAAAGUAAAAGCAGUCAUGACUUGCUGAAGGAUGAUCCACAUCUAAGCUCAGUUCCUGCUGUUAAAAGUGAAAAAGCAAAUGAAGUGAGGGAUUCAGACAAGGAAGAAGAGGAGGAGGAUGACAGUAGCGAUAAAGAAGAAGGUGAAAUGGAUAGUGACGAGAAAUAUCAAGUGAAAGAACGCAUAGCUAAGAAGUUGAGAAAAGAUAAAAAUGAAAAUGUUAAGCUACCGUUUAAAGAAGAACCAGAAACUGAGAAGAAAACAACUAGCCGCAGUGAAGAACUACGCAAAGAAGUACGCCAGCUGAAACGUGAACUACUAGAAGCAAAGCAAAAGAGAGAAGAAAAUUCUACAAAAUCUAAAGAAAAAGAGGAAGAGGAAGAAGCUGAUCCAAACAGCAUUGUUACAGAAUAUCUACAGGAGAAGAAAAAGUAUGAAGAUCUGCGGAAGCAGCAACCAAAGAAAGGGAUUUCUCGUGAAGAUCAGACGCUGGCGCUGCUGGACCGAUUCAAAUCAAAGCUAACUCAGGCAAUAGCAGACACUCCUGAAAAUGAAAUGUCUGAACCUGAAGUAGAGGAUGAUGAAGGAUGGUUGUCACAUGUACUUCAGUUUGAGGACAGAAGCAGAAAAGUGAAAGAUGCAAGCAUGCAGGAUGAAGACACUUUUGAAAUCUAUGAUCCUCGGAAUCCUGUAAAUAAGAGGAGAAGAGAACAAAGCAAAAAGAUAAUGCGGGAGAAAAAAGAAAGGAGAUGAAAUGAAUGUAAAGCUAUCUAGAGCUGUCUUGGAAAGUGUAAUAAAGCAUUAGCCCUUUAAUAGCUGUGGUUCCUAAAAAUAUCACUUAACAAGUGUGAAAAGGAAUCUCUCAAGAACCUGUUGUCUGAUUUUGAAAUACAGCUAUCGUCUUUGUUUUAUGAAUUGUGCAGUAAAAUAAGCAAGUGCUCUCAGUGCAUAAUCCAAGCUCUCUUUAAACAUUUUUGAAAUCUGAAUAAAUAUAUAAUAGUUUUGGUCAUCAUUUAAA